AUGGCUGCUUUUAAUAUUUCAGUUGACGACAGCUCUCCUUUAAUUACUUACUUCCCUCUUAAUGCGUGGAUUGACACUCCCGCAAAUGACACACUAGCUGCUUUCUACGCUCAAUCCUCAUUCCAUGCGACAUCUGUUGGUGGCGCGUAUGCAGAGUUUGCGUUCAAUGGGACCGGCAUCUGGUUGUACGGCGCUCGAAGGCCUGAUUAUGGCUCCUACACCGUCUUGGUUGACAACAAUGUCGUCGCUCACACGAAUGCUACAGCUGCUAAUUCUACGGUGGGGCAAUUCCUGGGUGGCACCUCGAAUUUACCUAUGGGUCAACGUAAUGUUGUCUUGCGCAAUGCUGGAACUGGUCCAAUGGACAUCGACUCCCUUGUUCUUGAAACGCAGAUAGGCUCAACUGGAGAUUCUGUGAUCACUACAAAUAUCGACGACUCGAGCUCGCGCUUCACGUAUACGCCAUCCGUUAGGUGGGCUCUAGUCGACGAUUCGCAGUUCUACAACAAUACACUGCAUUAUUCUGAUGCAGGCGGGGCUCAGGCGUCACUCUCCUUCUCGGGUGAUGGUGUCGCUGUAUACGGGACUGUUUCACCCCAACAUGGAAACUACACCGUUACCUUGAACGGUCACAUCUCUCAGAUCAUCAAUGGAGGGGCCGAUGGCUUCGUACGGCAGUUGCAUGCGCAGACAUUACUGUUCUCCGCAGAGAAUCUAGGCGCUGGAAUGCACUGUCUCGUGGUAACUGGUAACUCCGGACAAAACAACACAGGACACUACGUGGACGUUGACUACGUAACUGUGUAUACGGCGUCCAAUAGUUCGGAGGCAAGUGUCACCAGUAGUGGAAACGUCGCCGGUAUGACUGGCUCUAGUGUUCCCACUUCAAGCAGUCCCAAUCCGUCUGGUACAGGACAAGAUGGUGACGGUUUCAACACUGGACCUACCCAACCCAACAACAAUGUUUCCAUGAAGCCUGCACCCGGCAUGUCCCAAGGUGCUGUAGUUGGAGCAGUUCUUGGCACCAUCCUUGGAGUUGUUAUCCUGCUCGUUUUGCUGUAUUUCUUCGUCAAGCGGAGGCGCACGCGUUCCGUGGGGAAAGAUGCUCCAACACCCGCACUUCCAAUACAGGAUCCGGAUUUAGAAUUGGGAACGUACGAAGUCGGUGAUGAAGAAGAUGAGAAGGCAGCAGACUCGGAUAUUGUCGUUUCGGAGAAGCGGAUGACAACUGCCUCGAUGGCGUCUCGAUGGUCUCAGGCCUCAUUUGAAUCGAGUCCAACACUCAGGCCGCCUUCGCACGACCCGUCAGUUGGUAUGAAGUUCGAAACCAUGGGACCAGGCCAUGGUCGUCAGGUGUCGGAAGCAUCGACGUUCGUGGAAAUAGCUGAUAUGUAUCGCUACUCGAGGCCAGAUCUGGAGGUCCCUCGCGAUGACCUUCGAUGGGAAGAUGCAGAGCCAAUCGUUCCACCUCUUCAAGUCCUUGCGGACAAAGGCCUCAACUGA